AUGAAACGUCAUUCUGGUGAGUGCAGAGCGGGAGUUUUCUACAAAUGUUGGAAGGAAGGUCACAUGAAGUGCAAAUGUCCGACAUGGGAACAAUUUGGCAAUAAGGAGGAACAGAAGAAGAAUCACAAGUACGUCCCAGCCAGAGUCUUCGCCAUCACCGAAGCUGAAGCUGAGGCAAACCCUUCCGUCGUAACAAGUCAGAUCCCAAUGGCCAAUACCACGUGUAAAAUUUUAUUUGAUUCUGGUGCAUCACACUCUUUUAUUUCUAGUAGAACUAUAAAUGUUAUAAAUACACCUAGUGAAUUAUUUAAUGUGAGGUUUGGGACUAUGUUACCCUCCGAGGAAAUUGUAAUUUCUAAAAAUUGGGUUAAAGAUGUACCUUUAUGGGUAGAUGGGAUGGAAUUGUAUGUAGACCUGAUUGUAUUAGAGUUAUCUAAUUUUGAUGUAAUUUUGGGGAUGGAUUUUCAUUCCAAAUACGGAGCAUCUAUCGACUGCAAACGCAAGAAAAUGAUCUUUGCACCGGAAGGUGGAGAUCUGUUUGAGUUCGAAGGCAUAAGCAAGAAACCCAUAACUCCUAUCAUAUCAGCGAUGAAAGCCAGAGAAAUGUUGCAACACUGA